CGGCGGGCUGGCACCAAACGUUUUCCAUAAAAAAAAAUCUCUAACUUAAGGGAAACCAAUUGAUUUCCUCAUUUUUUUGACAAUUAAUUGAUUUCCUUUUAAUUGUAUAGUAAGAGACUCGAAAGUGGAGACCUCGGCUGCAACCAAACCCUCGCGAUGUCCGGCGGUCGAUGCGGCGGCGGGCCUCCCGGCAACGGCAACAACCCCGGUCCAGGGGGUGGUUGGGAGACUAUUGAGAAUAAGAAGAAAUCAGGGCAGACAUCUGGGAGGGGACAAUGGGCGCCACGGACUUCAUCCUCCAAUGCUCCACCCGCUACAGCACGGCAAGCUUGGAAUGGCAAUGGGUCUUCGCGUCCUUCAGGAAAUAAUUGGGCUCAACCUUGUGGUCGUGGGCCUGCUGCCAGAGGCAAUCCCAGGGCAUCAUCACAAGCAAGGUCUACAGAACCAGGAUUGCAAGCGCCAAACCCACCUCUGCUAAAUGGUUGGCAGUGGGCAUCAAGGCCUCGCCCAUCUCGUCCUGAAAGCAACAACGAUGAUGUUGCUUCCUCUUGUUUCGACCCUGAGAUGGAUGAUCCUCAAGUCGAGGACUCGUCAGAUGAUGAUGAUCUUAAUGAUGAUGAUGGUGACAUGAGCGAUGACUAUGAUUCCGAUGCAUCGGAGAAAAGUUUCGAAACCCGAAAAACAAACAAGUGGUUCAAAAGUUUUUUUCAGGAGACCGAUACCUUAAGUGUGGAUCAGAUACAUGAGCGACAGUCGCAUUGUCCGGCAUGCCAAAAUGGACCAGGAGCAAUUGCCUGGUUCAAAGGGCUGGAAUCUUUGGUCAGACAUGCUAGAACAAUGGGUUCUAGGAGGGUUAAGCUCCACAGGGAAUUGGCUGCAUUGCUGGAAGAGGAGAUGUCUCGCAGGGGAUCUUCUGUGGUACAGCCCGGCGAGCACUUUGGGAAAUGGAACGGAUUGGCAGAAAGCACCGACCGGCAGAUAGUAUGGCCACCAAUGGUGAUUGUGAUGAACACAAGACUGGAAAAGGGUGAAGAUGAUAAGUGGUUAGGCAUGGGCAACCAAGAGCUGCUCGGAUAUUUCAGUGAUUAUGCUGUGACCAAAGCACGCCAUGCAUACGGUCCUCUUGGGCACCGUGGCAUGAGUGUGCUAAUAUUUGAAAGCUCUGCCGUGGGCUAUAUGGAGGCAGAACGUCUGCAUAGGCUCUUUGUUCAUCAAGGAACAGACAGGGACACAUGGAACAAACGCAGGGUUCCUUUCUUGCCUGGUGGCAAAAGACAAUUAUAUGGUUUCCUAGCCUUAAAGGAAGACAUGGAGGAUUUCAAUAAGCACCACCCAGGGAAAAACCGCCUGAAAUAUGAGAUGAGAUCUCAUAAUGAGAUGGUAGUGGCCCAGCUGAAACAAAUGAGUGAAGAUAGUCAAGAACGGAAUUAUCUCAAGAACAAGGUGGUUAAGACAAAGCAACACUCUAAAGCUGUAGAAGAAAGCCUGGGUUUUGUUGCCCAGAAACAUCGAGAGUCUAUACAAGAGAAUAUAUUUGUCAGGCGUAAAGCCAAGGAAAAACACGAUGAGUAUGAGGAGGAGAUGAAAUCCCAGGAUCAAUUCUUCCAUGAUCAGAUAGAAAGCAUGCGCAGGGCCAUGGAGGAAAAGGAACGUGAGUUUGAGAGGUUGCUGCAGGAGGAGCGUGCCAAGGCUAGACAGUGUCAUGUGGACGAUUCUGGGACCACCGAAAAUCGCAGGCUAAGGAAGGAACAGGUACAACGGUUCAUCGACUGCCAGGUUAAGGACGUGCAGGAGUUCGAGGCUGAAAGAGACGAACUGAUAAAAGCACACGAGGAGAAGAAGGUGCAGCUCAAGAAAGAGUACAUGACAAAGGAGAUGGAGCUCGAGGAGGAGUUUGAUGCCGCUCUUACCGGUCUGAUGGAGAAACACAGGCCCGGCACCUUCCAGGCCCCCAAUGGCUCUUGAAGAUCACAGUACAUAGGUUUUCGAUCCGGUUUCCCUUAUAAACUGGAUCACUCUCCUGGCAUACUGGCUGGUUAGGAAACCUCGACUUGAUUAGGGAAACUGAGCCUGCAGGAGUGUAUGUAUCACCACCCAUCUAACGGCUUUCCUGCUUUGCCUCGGGUAGCCAACGUCGAAUGGAAAUCCGUUCUAGGACUUCAGGUGUAUGCAAGAUUAGGAAACCUCAACUUGAUUGGACCUGUCAUCUUGCUCUGCUUUAGAAUUUCAGAUAGAAUGUAUCCAAAUUAUCGUGUCAUCUUUUCAGAAUUUCAAAUGGUUCCUCUGCUGGUGUCAUUGCCAGAGAGAAGAGUUCGAGCUCUUUUCAAAAGACAUGAUGAGAAAAGUCAUUGGUGAAAAGCUGAGUUGCUUUGAGGUUUAUA